AACAUAAAUAAAAUAAUUAAACCAACAUAAAAAAAAAUUUAGUAUUUUGAAAAUAAAGAAAAUCAAUACCAAGAAGGGCAAGGCUACAAUAGAACCACAUAUGGCUUCGGCAAUCUAGAUAGCAGAAAGCAGAUGGCUUUGACAGUUUUGCAAUAGCAAGUAGAUGGCUUCGAUAGUUUGGCAGCAGCAGGCAGAUGGCUUCGACAGCAACAGACCAGUAGUGCAGUGGAGGGAAUGGGAUUUGAGAUGGUUCGAUGGAUGCAAAGGAGAAAACAAGGGGCGGCAAAAGGUGAGCACUGGGAAGGGCAAGGGUAGAAUCGUAGAAGGGUGGCAAUGGAAUGGAAGGCAUUCAAAUGGUAGAGUCGCAUAAUAGGAGAGGGCAAGUCGGGGAAGGUGAAAAUGAAAAUUGAGAAAUGAAUUAGGGUUAGGAUUAAAUAUAUGUAGGGGAAUGGAUUGGGUUGGGUAAAAUUGAAUUAAGUUUAAUUUUGAUUGAAUUGGAUUUGAACUUGAGUUUGGGUUUGGGUUUGAGUUUGAAAAGUGAAUUAAAUUUAAAAUAAAAUUAAUUUAUAUUUGUUUUAAUUUUUGUGGGGCCGGGGAAAAUUCCUCACGAAAUUUUGCAAGAGGAAAAUGCUCCCUAUCCUUGUUUCGUGGGGAGGAAUAUUCUUCCUCGUCCCAUUCUCGUGAUGGGAUCCCCAUAGGGUCCCACGGGGAUCAAGGGAAAUUGCCAUCCUUAAGUUAGACCGCUAGUUACCUAUAUUUUUGGACAUAAAUAUUGAAAGAUAGAUCAUUGGAGAUUAGAUCCCCUAGGAGAUUGACCUUAUUGAUAAAUUUUAUUUUGAGAUUGUAGAUCUUAAUUUAGUGGAUUGAUAGUUAUGAAUUAUACAUUAUGAAUUUAGUAGGUUUCGAGCUUAGUACAUUCGUGGGAUCCUCUCUCAAGUGUAUAACAUUUGUUUUGCUCCCAGUUUUGAGGUGUGACAAUUGUAAUUUGAUCUUUCUCAUUAUUUUCUAGUAUGUUAAUUUAACAUUGUUGUGUACUCGAGAAUUUAAAAAAGUAUAUAUUACAGU